AGCACGUAAGAGCUCUACCACUGAGGAAGCUGCAUUGAGCCAGCCUCCUUUAGCACUGGAAUGUUUUCUUGCUUUGUCAGCUGUGUCCUUGCAGCCUAUAAUGCAAUAAUGCUACCUCCGUCUUGAUCAAAACCACGGACUUUAACCUAGAACAGCAAUUGAUCAGAGCGCCAGGGUUCCUUAUCACUCAUUUCCCCUUGCCCUGCUACACCUAGGACCAGCCUAUUGCGGACCUUGAACAAGGGCGCAUCACGUUCACUUUUAUUUUUUUGCUAACCAGUUAAAAUGACUUUAAAAUCCAAUAAAAACGAACCUGCUGUCAUACUUGAGCGGGACUACAGCGCUCGAACAGCCCUCUCCGACCUGUACCUGGAGCAGCUCCUCCAAAAUAAACCAAAGCCGGAAAAGGGCCUUAUGCCAGCCUAUGAGACAAAGGGAGCUGAAGUAUACACCAACGGCAGUGCUGCUCACAUGAACGGAACUGAGCUAACCAGGAUGCGUGAGGUGGCAUUUGAAAAAAAUCCCUCAGAGCCCAUGGGGGUGACUCUAAAAUGUAAUGGAAAACAGAAAUGCACUGUGGCCAGAAUAUUACAUGGGGGCAUGAUACACAGACAAGGUUAUCUAAAUGAAGGGGAUGAAAUAGCAGAGAUCAAUGGAAAGAGUGUGGCCAACCAAUCUGUCGACCAGCUACAAAAGAUCCUGAAAGAUACCAACGGAGUAGUCACAAUGAAAAUCAUCCCCAACCAACCAAGGUGCUCUCCUGUGUGUGAGAUGUACAUGAGGGCUCAGGUUGACUACGACCCUGCCAAAGAUGACCUCAUCCCAUGCAAAGAGGCAGGGCUGAAGUUUAAAACGGGUGACAUCAUUCAUAUCAUUAACAAGCAGGACCCAAAUUGGUGGCAAGGCAGGGUGGACAGCUCUACCGCCGAUUUCGCUGGACUCAUCCCCUCCCCAGAACUUCAAGAAUGGCGGAUGGCAAGUAAAAGCAAGGCCACAGAGGGCACCCAAUCCUGCAGCCCCUUUGGAAAGAAGAAAAAGUGCAAAGACAAGUAUCUGGCCAAGCACAGCUCUAUCUUUGACCAAUUGGACGUGAUUUCCUAUGAAGAGGUUGUUCGGCUCCCUGCCUUCAGCAGAAAAACCUUGGUGCUUAUUGGUGCACCGGGUGUAGGAAGGAGCCAUAUCAAAAGCCUGUUGCUGACCAAAUACCCAGAGAAGUUUGCCUACCCAGCACCACACACCACCAGACCCCCACGUAAGGACGAGGAGAACGGGCAGGAGUACUACUUCAUCUCCAACGACACCAUGACCAAGUGCAUCACUGGGAAUGAGCUGCUGGAGUAUGGCAGCUUCCAGGGGUUCAUGUUUGGAACCAAAAUAGAGACUAUCCAGAAGAUCCAUGAGCAAGGAAAAAUCGCUCUGCUGGAUGUUGAACCACAGACAUUGAAACUCUUGAGGACGGCAGACUUUGCACCUCUGGUGGUUUUCAUUGCACCCACCAACUCAGCUACUCAGUCAGAAGCGGUGCAGUUGAUCCAGAAGGAGUCAGAUGCCAUCCUCUCCAGCUACAGCCACUUCUUUGAUGUGCAGCUGGUUAACAAUGAUAUUGAUGAGAGUGUGAAAGGAGUGGAGGAAGGGAUAGAGCAAGCCACCUCCACCCCACAAUGGGUGCCUGUUUCCUGGGUCUACUGACCUGUGUACCCCUGAAGAACCAUCAUAUAUUUAACAAAAGCUGGUGCAAUAUCACACCCCCACAAAACCUGGGCCAAUAUCCACAAAGUGUCUCACCGUGCUGAUCUAAGAUAAGCUGCCUUUUAGAUCAUAAUGGGAAAAGAUUAUGGCCAGACUAGUUACCGAAAGGUUGCAAGAUGAAAUCCCAGAGCUGACAAGGUAAAAAAUCUGUCGUUCUGCCCCUGAACAAGGCAGUGAACCCACUGGUCCUAGGCCGUCAAAAUAAGAAUUUCUUAACUGACUUGCCUAGUUAAAGAUAAAAUAAAAGAUCAGCACGCAUACUCUGAGGGGCUUUGUGAAUACAGACCCCGGUAACUCAUACACCAUUCUUUGCAUAGCAGCUAAUCACUAUGUAAUUGUAACUAAGUUUCACACAGAAGCAAAACAAAAAGCAAUAGAUAUAUUUCAGAGAAAGUAUAAUGAACCCAACCAAAGGGAUAAUUUACAUGUUUGUAAAACCUUAGUGAAUCAGGCUUUUUAGGUGCCAAGUGAUUGGUACCAUAUGGCUGCAGAUAGGAUUGUUAGUCUAUUAACAAUUAAAGUGGACCACUACUGUGAACGCAUUGCCACUACCUGACAAGUUUAUCAGUAUCCUUAACUUGGGUUGAAUAUUAAUAGUCAUGAAAUUAUGCAUAGCUGUAUUAAUAUACCUGGUAAUGUGUUAAAAUACAGGGAGACGUGCUCUACAUGAAAUUGUCAUGUCUGUCAUGUUAAGUGAAUCAUUUUGUUGACAACCUCAGUACUGGUCUCAACUCAGAAAUAUAUACCUCAUGUCAUGAUGUAAGGCACUCUCAAACCAUUAAACCCCCGCAUUCCAUAUUACUGAUUGAAGUAUCACUCAUUUGGUGCAAAAGGUCCGAAUAAGAAAUUAAAUAAAUUAUUCACACUCCAUCCGUCAAGUCAUUACACUGAGAAAAUAACCUCAGAGAUCCCAGCAACGGGGUAGAAAAAUGACACCAAGGCAGUUACAAAAAAGCAUAUUCAUUUCAAAUUACAAUUUAUG